AUGCAAGUCAAGGGGCAGUGGUUUGCUUCUACCAUUCAUCUAACUCCAGUUCUAGUCUUCAUCUCCACAGCACUCCCUGACGACUUUGAUACGGCCCCCUUGGAGUCCGAGUUCUUCCAAAAGAAGACUGAGGCUGGCUCCUUCGACCACUUGACCAAGGAGGAGCAUUACGCCAUCAUCUACGACAGUAUCAACCCUCAACUCCCAAAGGGAAAGGGGAAGGGGAAGAAUCUCAAGGCACCUCCCGAGCCUAUCCAGGAACCUGGGUUAGAUGAGAUGUAA